CUUCACCUAACCCAACAACGACCUCGACGAUGCCCCAUUCCAUUAAAAAACCUCCAAAAACAUGCACCCACUUCAUAAUAAAGCUAUUGAAUAGCAUUGCAACACUGUACAUAAACUUUGCCCUUUUUUCUUUCACUUUUUAGUUUCUUUUUCUCUUUUAAUUUCUCUGAGACAUUUAAUCAAACACAUUGCGUGCAUUUCCAGUUACCCCACUGUAUCAUCCCAUUUCAUCCUCAUUUUUUUACUUUAGGAUGAUUUGGGCUGUUUAAGAGGGAUAAGGAGCUAGGGUACCGUAAUGGAGGGAGCGGAGUUGGAGCUGGAGAGGAGGAGUAGGUUCUUGAAUAGUUUAAUAGAGAAAAAGAAAGUUAAAGAGCAGAAAAAUCAGUAUGAUAAGCUGAAUGUUCGUGUUCGAGCUUCGGAUAUGCCUAUUCCCUUGCAAACUCGAGCUUUUAGAUGCUCUCGUGAUCUGCUUGAUUCUAUGUUGCCUGGGAAACUUGACAGUAAACGCAUUGCUCUUGCUCUUAAAAAGGAAUUCGACUCCGCUUACGGUCCAGCCUGGCAUUGCAUAGUGGGAACAAGCUUUGGUUCAUAUGUCACUCAUUCUGUAGGAGGCUUCUUGUACUUUUCAAUUGACAAGGUUUACAUCCUUCUCUUUAAGACUGCUGUUGAACCUUUAGACCAUUAAUGAUUUGCAAAUUUGAGUUUUACACUAAUCUUUCUUGUUAUUGAUAUCACACAUCUCCAUCUCCUCUUGUACUCUCAUGAAAGAUUGUAAUUUAAUUAUUCUUUUAUCAUCUUUUUUGCUAUGUAAUCUCAACUUUAAAGCAUGAAAUGAUGGUUUUCCUUUUUCUCUUU